GGAAAAAAUGCACCACGAUGGUUCCUCUUCUUUCAAUUUUCUUUUGUUCGCCUCUUCCUCGUCUUCUUCUUCAUCUCAAUUGACGAGUUCCCCGAAGAUGGCAAAGUGGUUUUGAUCGUUGAUCGAUCAGAGUCAUUAUUAUAGUCAUGGAGAACGUAGCGGCGCAAUUGAAGCGUGGGAUAUCGAGACAAUUCUCCACAGGAUCAAUGCGACGAACAUUAAGCCGACAAUUCACACGCCAGUCCUCUCUCGACCCACGCCGUAACAACAUGAGGUUCAGCUUCGGCCGUCAAUCUUCGCUCGAUCCGAUCAGACGAAGCCCGGAAUCCCUUAGCUGCGAGCCGCAGAUGGCUGUGCCGGAGAAUCUCGAUUCCACGAUGCAGCUUCUCUUCAUGGCCAGCAAAGGCGACGUCAAUGGCGUCGAGGAGCUACUCAACGAAGGGAUCGAUGUGAACAGCAUUGAUCUCGAUGGCCGUACGGCUCUUCACAUCGCGUCCUGUGAAGGUCAUUACGACGUCGUUAAGGUUCUUCUUAGCCGCAGAGCUAACAUCGAUGCCCGUGAUCGUUGGGGUAGUACGGCGGCUGUUGAUGCCAAGUAUUAUGGGAAUGUUGAAGUGUAUAAUCUCUUGAAAGCUCGAGGAGCUAAAGCUCCGAAAACCAGAAAGACUCCAAUGACGGUGGGGAAUCCAAAAGAAGUUCCUGAGUAUGAGCUUAAUCCACUUGAACUUCAAGUCCGAAAAGUUGAUGGCAUCUCAAAGGGAACUUAUCAAGUUGCUAAAUGGAAUGGCACGAGAGUCUCGGUAAAAAUAUUCGACAAAGAUAGUUAUUCAGAUCCGGAACGCGUAAAUGCCUUCACACAUGAGUUAACUUUGCUAGCUAAAGCUAGGCAUCCGAACAUUGUUCAAUUUGUUGGAGCUGUCACUCAAAAUCUACCGAUGAUGAUUGUAGUUGAGUGUAAUCCAAAAGGUGAUCUAAGUGUGUAUCUUCAAAAGAAAGGUCGUCUUUCUCCUUCAAAGGCUCUGAGAUUUGCUCUUGAUAUUGCCAGGGGACUAAACUAUCUUCAUGAAUGUAAACCAGACCCGAUCAUCCAUUGCGACUUAAGGCCAAAAAAUAUUUUGCUGGAUAGAGGAGGACAACUCAAGAUCUCUGGAUUUGGUUUGUUAAAGUUGUCCAAGACUUCAGAAGAUAAUGCAAGAGUAGUGAACCAAGCUCAUAUCGAUAAGUCAAACUACUAUAUAGCACCUGAGAUUUACAAAGAUGAAACCUUCGAUAAAAGGGUCGAUGUGCAUUCGUUUGGUGUCAUUUUGUAUGAGAUGACUGAGGGAGUAUCCAUUUUUCAUCCUAAACCACCUGAAGAGGUUGCAGAAUCGAUAUGUGUAGAUGGAAAGAGACCAAUAAUCAAGACGAAAUCCAAGAGUUACCCUCCAGAAUUGAAAGAGUUGAUUGAAGAAUGUUGGCAUCCUGAAAUCAGUAUGAGGCCAAUAUUCUCUGAGAUUAUUAUUCGGCUCGACAAAAUAGUUGCAAGCUGUUCUAAGCAGGGUUGGUGGAAAGACACAUUCAAGUUUCCCUGGAAAUAAAAGGGAACUACUGAAUCAAGCAACCCUGAAUCUGGAAAACCCGGAGAUGGAAACAAAAAAAAGCAAGAUGAGGGUGAGAAUUUCAAGAAUCACGCAGAUUCAUGAUGAAUUCACUCGCUCUGUAAAAACAGAAUUAUCACUAAUCUGUUUUUAAUACUUUUUUCAUGUUUGUUUGUUUGUUUCAUAUCAUAAGUUUUUGGGUUAUUUUGUAAGUAUUAUUUUAAUGACUAAUCAUUUGUUCAUAUUCAAUUUGAAAUUCUAAAUUCUAAAUCAGUUAUUUUUAUUAUUAAUAACUAUGUAUUUAUCUG